CGGGUGACCACCGGCCAUGGCGAGCGCGCUGAACGGCGGCGGAGGGAAUGGCGGCGGGGGCGUCGGCGGGGCGAUGAAGAACAUGAGCCUGCUGCGCUUCCAGUACUACUGCGUGCUGGGGGCGGUGGCCGGGGCCGUCAUCUUCGCCACGCUCCGCUACAUGCCCGCCGCGGCCGCCGGCGCCGGCGCCGGGGCCCUCUCCACCUCCUCCGCCGUCGCCACCGCGCCCGCGGUGAGCGAGCACCGGAAGAGCAAGGGGCCGGCGGUGCAGCCGCGGAAGGCGGCGGCGGGGGUGGACGCGAAGGCGUCGGAGGUGCUGGUGUUCAACUUCGGGGACUCCAACUCGGACACGGGCGGCGCGGUGGCCAUCAUGGGGAUCCGCAUCGCGCCGCCGGAGGGGCGCGCCUUCUUCGGCCACCCCACCGGCAGGCUCUCCGACGGCCGCGUCGUGCUCGACUUCAUCUGUGAGACGCUGAACACGCAUCACCUGAGCCCCUACAUGAAGCCGCUGGGUUCCGACUACAGCAACGGUGUCAACUUCGCCAUCGCCGGAGCGACCGCGACUCCUGGCGACACGCCGUUUUCGCUUGACGUGCAGGUCGAUCAGUUCAUCUUCUACAGGGAGAGAUGCAAUGAUUCCAUCACAAGAGGUGAGUCUGCGCCGGUCGACCCGAAAGAUUUUCACAAAGCUCUCUUCACGCUGGACAUUGGGCAGAACGAUAUCACUAGCAUCAUGUACUUACCCUAUGAUCAAGUGCUUGCAAAACUUCCCCACUUUGUUGCUGAAAUCAGGAGAGCCAUCCAGACUUUGCAUAAGAACGGUGCGAGGAAGUUCUGGGUACAUGGGACAGGUGCGCUGGGAUGCCUGCCAGCGAAACUUGCGAUCCCGAGGGACAACGAUGGUGGCCUCGAUGAGCAUGGAUGCCUCACAAAGUUCAACAAUGCCGCCAAGAAGUUCAAUGAGUUGCUGAGUGAAGCCUGCGAUGACUUGCGCUGGCAACUUAAGAAAUCGUCCGUUGUCUUCGUGGAUAUGUUCGCAAUCAAGUAUGAUCUCGUCGCUAACCACACAAAACAUGGGAUUGAGAAGCCAUUGAUGACAUGUUGCGGCCAUGGAGGCCCCCCUUACAACUACGACCCCAAGAGAAGCUGCAUGGGCGUUGAUAAGGACACGUGCAAGCCUGAUGACAAGUUAAUCAGCUGGGAUGGGGUCCACUUCACCGACGCUGCAAACAGCUUGGUGGCCUCCAUGGCCAUCAGUGGUGAAUACUCCAUUCCUAGGAUGAAGCUUACCAGCUUGAUCAAGCCUGCAAAAUCUACUGAUUCAUGAUGAAUUGACGAUGCAUCCAUUAAGUCAAUCCAGUGAAUCCAGUUACCUUGCCACAGAAAUGAUGAAGCUCGAGGUACUAACAAAAACUGACCCCAAUGGAGUUCAUUUGAGGUCCUUAUAAUCACGGUGAUUGGGAAAAUGGGAUGCUAUUUUAUACUUUUUUUUGUACAAUUGCGUUGUAUGUGUAUAUCCUAGGGGUUAAGUUAACGCAUGCAGGUUAUCUGUACGAUGUUUUACCUCUGAAUUUUGAUCAAUAAAUAUAGAUGGAUAUUUAGACUGUUU